AUGGUUUUAAAGCAGCAAUAUUACUUUGGUUUUAAUUUAUAUCAAAUUACUUUACGUAUUAUCUUCGUUCCACUAAUAAAACGUUAUUUUAAUGGAAUUAUAAGGAAUGCACCAGAAUCGUUAUCGAUAUUUUUCACCGAUAUAAAUUGUAAAUUACACUUUGGCACAACCAAUGAAGAAAUAAUUAGAUCAAAUAAAUCAAAUGGAAUAUUGCCGGUUAUAUUACUCAUUCAUAAACCAAUUAAUUUUUGUUUUCGAAUUCUUUUGGAUCCAAAAAUUGGCCUCGGUGAAGCAUACAUGUUUGAGGACUGGGAUACACAGCCAAGAAUACAGGAUUUCUUAGCAUUGCUUAUUCGUGCUAAACGUUAUAAUAAUGGAACAAAAAAACUGAAAGAAACAAACGGAUGGCUUAAAAAAUUGUUUACUUUCUUAAUUUAUUUAAUUAUUCAAUUAAUUCGAUCACUGAUAUCAUUUUUCAAUGCAAUGCAACAUUAUUACCAUUCAAAUUCAUUAAAUGGUAGUGCACGAAAUAUUCAUGAGCAUUAUGAUCUUGGCAAUGAUAUGUUUAGCUUAUUUCUUGAUUCAUCCAUGACUUAUUCAUGUGCAAUUUUUCAAGAAAUUCCAUCUUAUACAAUCAUACAUUCUGACAAGAAAUUACUUGAAGAAGCACAAAUGAGAAAAUAUGAUCAAAUAUUUGACGAAAUCAAUCUUACCUGUAAUGACAAAGUAUUAGAAAUUGGCUGUGGUUGGGGAGCUUGUGCUAUACGUGCUGUCAAAUGUCACAAAUGCAAGUGGACAGGCUUGACAAUUUCGAUAGAACAAUUUAAAAUUGCUCAGCAAAGGAUAAUUGAUAAUGAAUUAGUGGAUAAAAUUAAUAUCAAAUUAUUGGAUUAUCGAUUAGAAAAUGAUAUUUACGAUAAAAUUAUUGCAAUUGAAAUGAUUGAAGCAGUUGGACAUCAAUAUUUACCGCAAUUUUUUAAAACGUUACGUGAUCGAUUACGUCCUGGUGGUAAGGCAUACUUGCAGGCAAUAACAUGUCCUGAAUUGAACUACGAGCGCUAUUGUCGAUCAAGUGAUUUCAUCAAGAAAUAUAUAUUUCCCGGUGGACAUUUGCCAUCUGAGCGAGCAAUUCGAGAUGCAUUACCGCCAGAAUUAUCAAUUACAAAAACAAUUCAUAUUGGACAACAUUAUGCGCCAACUUUAGAUUUAUGGUAUUGUGCAUGGAUGGAAAAUUUGGAAAACAUUCGUAAACUUGGAUAUUCGAGGAAAUUUCAUCGUAAAUGGCAAUUUUAUUUUGCUCUGUGCUCGACGCUAUUUCGAUAUUCACACAUUGAUACAAUACAAAUACUUGUCGAAAAAUCAUUGUAA